GUAUAUACGUACGCGCCGGAAGUGGUGCAAAGCGGGCCCUAGCAGCCGCAGACGCAGUGAGCCUGAUCCCCGGCUCGGUUUCAGAGUCGGAAGCUUUGCAGCUUUGGUAGGCGACCGCUGUUAUGACGGCCCAGGGGAGCUUGGUGGCUAACCGAGGCCGGCGCUUCAAGUGGGCGAUUGAGCUGAGCGGUCCUGGAGGAGGCGGCAGGGGCCGAAGUGACCGGGGCGGUGGCCAGGGAGACUCGCUGUACCCCGUUGGUUACUUGGACAAGCAAGUGCCUGAUACCAGCGUGCAAGAGACAGACCGGAUCCUAGUGGAGAAGCGCUGCUGGGACAUCGCCCUGGGUCCCCUCAAACAGAUUCCCAUGAACCUCUUCAUCAUGUACAUGGCAGGCAACACCAUCUCCAUCUUCCCUACUAUGAUGGUGUGUAUGAUGGCUUGGCGACCUAUUCAGGCACUUAUGGCCAUUUCAGCAACUUUCAAGAUGCUAGAAAGUUCAAGCCAGAAGUUUCUUCAGGGUUUGGUGUACCUCAUUGGGAACCUUAUGGGUCUGGCAUUGGCUGUGUAUAAGUGCCAGUCAAUGGGACUGUUGCCUACACAUGCAUCAGAUUGGUUAGCCUUCAUUGAGCCCCCUGAGAGGAUGGAGUUCAGUGGUGGAGGACUGCUUUUGUGAACCUGAGAAAACAGCAUGUGGUGCUAUUUAUUUGCAUCUCAGUUACAACCUUCUUUAUGCCCAGUGGCUCCUCCUCAGCAUACUAACCCUUAACAUUAUCACUUGCUGAAAAGAACCCAAAGUUGUCUUUUCUCUCUGGUGAGGAGACAAAGCCUAGAAAGACAAUGUGUACAUAUCAGUACAAAUACAAAGAAACUAUACCACAACCUUGACUGAAAAUAAUGUAGAAAACUUUAUUUAUGUUUCCAGUAUAGAGGAAAACAACAAAUAAACCCAUAACUAUGUAAACAAAAGAAUGGUUGCUGCCAAAUCAAGAACCACAGCAGCAUCUCCUUUUAAUAAAUUAAAUGGUUGAGAACAAUGCUUUUUUAAAAAGUUGCGCAAGUUUCCUUUAAAUCUAUCCUCCUCAAUAUUUCACUUCUAUUUAACACAAGCUGGGAUGUAAAAAUUCUAUUGGAGAUACUUGUGGAAGAUGUGAGAAACUAAUGCUGGAUUCAGAUUAUACAUGAUGAAAAGAAAAAUAAAUCUGACAAAUAGAACACA